UUUAAUUAUUGUUUUGUUUGAUAUUUGAAAAUUACAUAUUAAUUAUAAAUACUGAUGUGUUUUUUUUCCCUUGCUAAACAGAAUGUAAGGGUUAAUGAGUUUAGUACGGCUAGUUUCCAGCACGUCUGGUAUGUGCUUCAGUUCAGAAAGAGAAAGAGAGAGAGAGAGAGGGAGAGAGAGAGAGGUGGAGGCCAACCAGGGACUCUAGAUAAACCAGGCAACACCCAUAACGCCUCACACACACUGUGUGUUUGGUAAGAGAGAGAGAGAGAGCAAACGAGCGAGUGAGCGAGCCAGGGCCAGGAGUUUGUUACCAUGCUAGUUCCGGAACUGUCCGGUUCUCCGCGCGUGUACAGUGGGGCCGGUGCGGCGCUGCUCGGGGCUGUGUGAGGCGAUGCGGGGAAGCGGCGGUGCUGUAGCUGGGGCGAGCGGCGCUAAGGUCGAGUCUCACGUCUGGAUGUAGCUGAGUGCUGAUCGCGCAGCCGGCAGGGGGAGGAGGAGGGCAGUUCAGGAGUAGGGUGUUUCUUUUCUCUCUCUCACUCUCUCUCUCUGUGUGCGUGUGUGUGUGUGUGAGAGAGAGACUCUCCAGCGGCCAUGUUAACCAAGAAACCCUGUGCUGCCGUCUACCCGACUGGUAAAGGGGGUGAGCUGUGCGCCGGGGCAGUCCGGACUGGAGCAGGGAGCGAGCCGCCAUCACCCGUCACACUGCCGCCUCUCAGGAACGGCAACUCGCUCACGGUUGGAGGCAAUAAGAACACGAUGAAUGACCAUCUGCAUGUCGGAAACCACCAGCAGAUCCACGUUCAGCAGCUGUUUGAGGAAAACAGCAAUAAGCGGACAGUGUUGACCACACAACCGAAUGGGUUGACGCCAGUAGGCCGAACAGGCUUGCCCUUGCCCGAGAGGCAACAGGAAAGCAGCCAGGGAAGGGAGUGCAGUUCUGCCUCUACCAAAUCCACUGAAAGCAAGCCCAAGGUAUCACCACUUGCUCCUGAGCAGGCCAUGAAGCAGUACAUGUCCAAACUGACAGUUUUUGAACACCAGGAGAUUUACAACUACCCUGAAAUAUACUUUGUAGGACCAAAUGCUAAGAAACGGCCCGGUGUGGUCGGGGGCUCAAACAAUGCUGGUUAUGAUGAUGAUCAGGGCUCUUAUAUCCAUGUACCCCAUGACCAUAUAGCCUACAGGUACGAGGUUUUAAAGGUCAUUGGUAAGGGCAGUUUUGGACAAGUAGUGAAGGCCUAUGACCACAAAACCCACCAGCAUUUGGCCUUAAAAAUGGUGCGCAACGAGAAACGGUUUCACCGCCAAGCAGCCGAGGAGAUUCGGAUCCUAGAACACUUGCGCAAACAGGACAAAGAGUCUACUAUGAAUGUCAUCCACAUGCUGGAGCAUUUCACAUUCCGCAACCACAUCUGCAUGACGUUCGAGUUACUCAGCAUGAACCUGUACGAGCUCAUAAAGAAAAACAAGUUUCAGGGCUUCAGCUUGCCACUGGUGCGCAAGUUUGCGCACUCUAUCCUGCAGUGUCUGGACUCCUUGCACAAAAACAGAAUCAUUCAUUGUGACCUCAAACCUGAGAACAUCCUCUUGAAGCAGCAGGGACGCAGUGGGAUAAAAGUGAUCGACUUUGGAUCCAGCUGCUUUGAACACCAGCGGGUCUAUACUUACAUCCAGUCACGCUUUUAUAGGGCACCGGAGGUCAUUCUGGGCUCUCGGUAUGGGAUGCCAAUAGAUAUGUGGAGCCUGGGUUGUAUUUUAGCGGAAUUACUAACAGGGUACCCUCUCUUGCCCGGGGAAGAUGAAGGGGACCAACUAGCAUGUGUCAUAGAGCUACUGGGCAUGCCCUCCCAGAAGCUGUUGGAUUCAUCUAAGAGAGCCAAAAAUUUUUUUAGCUCAAAGGGAUAUCCUCGUUACUGCACAGUUACAACCUUACCCGAUGGCACGGUAGCACUAAACGGCGGACGGUCACGUAGGGGCAAGCUUCGUGGUCCACCAGGAAGCAAAGAAUGGGUAACGGCACUUAAGGGCUGUGACGACCCCCUCUUUUUGGACUUCCUUAAGCAGUGUCUGGAGUGGGACCCAGCUUUGCGUAUGACUCCAGGUCAGGCCCUCCGCCACCCAUGGCUGAGAAGACGCUUGCCAAAACCUCCCACUGGGGAGAAAACUAGCGUUAAGCGAAUCACUGAGGGCACAGGUGCUUUAACCUCUAUCUCCAAAUUACCUCCCACAUCAAGUUCAGCCUCAAAACUAAGGACUAACCUGGCACAAAUGACGGAUGCCAAUGGGAAUAUACAACAGAGGACAGUGUUGCCAAAAUUAGUUAGUUGAAUACUAAUAUUUUUCUGUUUGCUUCUUUGUUUUGUUUCUAUAAAUGUUGAUAUUUAAAUAUGUGGACUGGUGAGCAUCCACAAGUGUGAAAGGUUUUAGAAAUAUAGUCUUUAAUUCAUCAUGUAUUUACAGCUUUGUAGCACCUUUUUUUGAUGUUGUCCAAAACACUUUUUUUUUUAAAAAAGAAAUACUAAAAUGGCCAAGAAAGAGGGAACAGUGCUUUUAAGUUUUUAUCUCAGGACUGUGUGCAAUGCUGCAGAGAGCAUUCACGCAAGCUGGCCUAUUACUAAUGCGGUCCAAGUUAGAUUCCUCACUUCUAUCUCGUAACGUAAGGAGAUGCAACAAUGUCAACAAAGUCAGUUUGGAUUUUGAAGUGUGUACUCGCUAGGAUUUAGCCCGCUACCUCUGUGAUCUAUUAGAACAACACUGCAUUGAUGAAGGAAUUUUGCCUACAGCUUUUAAAAAAAUGACGCUUUAUGCAAUCGUGUAGCUUUUAAAGCUCUUUAUAUUCGAGAUCGGUAUUGUGAAUGAGAAGGUGGGUGGGUGGGGGGCCGAGAAGGCGAAGUGAAGGUUUUCGAUUGUUUUAAGGUAGAAGGGAGAAAAACAAUGUUUACAUGACAGACUUGGUAUGUGCCUAAAAUCUCUUGACAUUCCUUAUUAAAUUGACUCAAGGAAAAAAGAGACUUCAGGGUAGUGUGACUUUAUAAAUAGACUUCUGGCAAAUUAAAAGGAAUUUAUUUCGUUUGAGUGAGUGGGAUCCGUUCUCAGCAGUACUCGACAGGCUCGUGUAUUUAACUCUGUAAGCUAUUCUCCGGAAGAACUGCUGGGAACAAAAAUGUUGUACUGUGUGUGAAGGAAAACUUUGGUGCUUUACCUUUUUUAAUGUAAAAGGUAUUUUUUUAAAUCCUCAUGGAACAAAAUAAUGUUUUGAAGCUAAGCUAAGCUAAUCAUUGUUAAUGAAUAGGAACAGGAGUAGGAGCAGUAGGAAGCUUUUUUUUUUUAAUCGCUAAUUUUCACUUCUUAUUACUGCUUUGCCAGUGAUUUAGAAAGGAUUGUGCUAAUUAUUUAUCGACAGGACUACUUGAAACUGAGCCAGUAUUAAUACUAUCAUUAUAAACUGUGGCAGAGAGGGGCACCUUAAACAAGAGUCUCCUCUCACCUGGCUAUCGUUUGUAAUCAGAGAUCACCCUCUGAAAUUCAUAUCACAUUUCCUAUAUUUAGUUUGUGGUGUGGACUCGCUAGUAUGUGGCCAGAGUUUAAACUCUUAAAAGCUUGUUGCCCUUUUUAAAUGAAAUUGCAUGUUUUUACCCAAAACACAAAAAAGUGAAUGGAAAAUAAUUUCACAACUGGCCAUUUUUGUAGCAUUUUCAACGUAGUAAGGGGAAAAAAAAAUCCGACAAAGGUCUGAAAGCUUUGGAAAAGUUUAAUUUAUUUAUUUCUUAAUAUUAAUUAUUGAUUUUUUUUUUUUUCAAAAAGAGCUAAUAUAAAAAGAAUAAGUGGCCAGAAUUGUGUUUUUUUUUUUUGGCUUGUUAUUAGUGGAGUGACUUACAGUGUAAUGCACAAGAAUUCUGUCUGAUUUUACUUUGACCGGAUGCGAGCGUAGCGCUGGGAUAAAAGGGUCAGACCAAGCGUCUUUAAGUGGCAAAGCAAAGCUGUGGCAUUUAUGUGGGUUUUAUGCCCCUGCUACUGGUUGGCAUGGUACCCAGCCUGCUCCACACUGCCCAGUCGCUUCUGGACGCCUACAGUAGAUUUGCAAAUGCACAAUAAUCUGCCAACAUCAGCAGGCAGUUCACAUUGUACUUUCCAUGUUUUUUGCUGUUUUUGUGGAUUAACAGAGAUGGGGGAAUAAUUGUGCCCUUAGGUUUAAUACAAUGUGCCUUUAAUUAUCAAUGCCAUUCAUUUCUGUCCAACAGGGACACCCUCAAGCCACUCGUUUGUUGUUGGGUACACUGAAACAUUAAUGGUGAUCAUCUUGCACUUGUCUGAGCGUUGCCCAAAGAUCCUGCUGCAGCCCGUAUAGUGGGGUUCCGAGUGGGAAGUGGCUUCACAAAUGGAAUGAUUUAUAUGCAGUUUGGACACGUGAUUUUAAGUUAAGAACUCAGAGACCCGUUGCCAACAGGGAUAUUUCACCAAGUCAAACUAAUGUAUCUAUUUCUUUUAGUGCAAAAUGGGUCUUUUAUACAGCAUCCACCUUGUCUUAACCAACUCAAGGGGUUACAUUUGCUUCAUUGUAUUACUCGAUAAAUGACACUUACUAUUUUACCUCAGACUGUUGUAAUAUUCUUGUAAUUUAUUAGCCUAGGGCAUUUGGUAUAUACCAAAGUGCAUUCCUUUCUAUGCUUGUAACUAGAAGGAAAAAAAAGCCAGAAUUUCUUUCUUUCUUUUUUUUUUUAAUUUAAGAAAGAUGGGGCACUCAAGCUAAUUUUGUCUGUCGAGGGCAAUAUCAAGAAAAAGCUUUUCUUCAAAUAAUAAAGAAAAAUAAAAAAUGGAAGCACGGUCUUCUUAAAUGUUUAAACGAUGCACCAUGUCUUCAGAUGCUUGUUGCAGGACAUGGCUGAAUGUACCUUUAAUGUUCUGAAUAUUGCUAAAGUCAAUAUUCAGCCCUGGCUGCAAUACAGCAGUUUGUGUCAUUGGGGCAAAUUGAAGCAAAUAGCUAAGUGUUUCAUUUUGAGAGGAUGUACCUUUUUAUUACUUUCUAUCAAAAUGUGAUCCCAGGAAAAUGAAUCUCACUAUCCACAGUCAACUCUGGUCAGUUCUUUCUUUUUUUAAGAAAAAAAAAAAAAAAACAGCUACAAAAAAAAAAGGAUCUCUAAGGAACAAAGUUGACAUGCAUUUAUAUCCAACCAUAGAAACCUACUGUACAUAUAUGAACUUUACUAAGAUUUCAAUGUGGAUGUGUACAUAUGUAAAAUGUUCUCCCUUUUUGUCAAAUGCUGCUGAUAACACUACAUCAGUUAUGUAGUGGAUUUUAAUCUUGGCGGCCAGUUUUAUGAUACUGUAUGUAUUGUACAGCUGAUGAGUCAUUUUUUUUUCUAGUGAUCAUUUGUUAAAUUUUAUUGUUGUGGCCAGAAAUAAUUAAUAAUAAAAGUUUUAAUGUUGAUCUUUACAAAAAA